GCUGGACGUUCUAAAGUAACACGUUUCGAUAGUAACUUCUUGUUACUGCGCGCAGAGGGGCUGUCACACGGGGACCUCUGAUCGUAGGAGCUGCUGAUCUAGCUCAUAACAGAUUGUAGCUACAUAUUUCAUUUUUCAUUAACCCCCCUCCAACACCCGUGGAAAUGUUUAACAGUCUUCUCAGGGAAUUUGACGAGGACCCUUUCUUCUCCUCGUCAAGGGAUCCAUUCCAGGCACACAAUGAGCGAGUACGACAGAUGAUGCGGAGUUUCUCCGAGCCCUUUGGUCGGGAAUUUGUGCCUAGUCUGACUGACGGCUUGGACAGGCCCCGUGUCGUUGCGCGCCAACCCAACCCUAGCCUGGCUUUGCGGGCGGACCACCGGGGGAUGAGCCUGUCACUUUCACCUUUCAGCAGUGUUGAUAGCACGGACAUGGAGUCCAGGAACCCAUUCAGCAUGUUAGACAGCAUGAUGUUUGGUGUACGGAACAGAAUGGAGGACAUGCACAGAAACUUUGAGAACCUGUCAACAGACUCCAACACCCACUCUUUCAGCUCCUCUUCAGUGAUGACCUACUCCAAGGUUGGAGACGAACCCCCCAAGGUGUUCCAGGCCUCUUCCCAGACACGCCGUGCCCCCGGUGGGAUUAAGGAGACUCGGCGGGCCUUGAAGGACUCUGAGAGUGGCCUGGAGAAGAUGUCCAUUGGACACCACAUCCAGGACCGAGGACACGUAGUGGAGAAAAAACACAACAAGAAGACAGGAGAACGGGAGCUCAACCAGGACUUCCAGAAUCUGGAUGAAUCCGAGGCGCAGUCCUUUGACGAAGAGUGGCAGGAAGAGGUGUCUAAAUUCCGACCAUUCGCCCCUGCAUCCCGUCUGGAAGCCCCCAAGCCCAGGGCAGGCAAACAGGCAGCUCUCACCGCCGGCCCCAGCCAAGGACGGAGGGAGAAAACAACCCCAAAACCGGAAGGACGGAAAACACACAUUGACACUGUCAACAUCAAGGCCUCAAGCAAGACAAAGCAGUAGGAAUGUCUGGUAUAUAAAGCUAUGUCGGGCAACAACUCUUUGGGCCUUUACCAAGAUCAGCUUGGGUUACGAGUCUUUUUCUCUCACUGCGCAUCAGAAAAUGCCCCAGUUGUUGAUAUGCAUUUUAGCUUUUCAUUUACCAAUUCAUUUUGACACAACCAAGUACAGAACACUUGUUAAUGAAGGAACAAUUAAGAUUCACAGUUUCCAGAAAGCUCAGGAAUGCCUGUAGAAGAUUAAAACAGUGACACAUAAGCUACCAGCAAGUGAUAAAUUAUAUGAUUUAAGUAUCAUACCGUGAGAGAAGACAUCUUUUAUCGCAAUAUAGCAAUGACAUAGUGUCAAAGUAUUUUCUCAAAAAUACUAUUCAUGCUUUUGGAAUCAUGUUCACAUUGUAUAGUUUGUAUUAAAAAGAAACAAACAUGUAUUUAUGCAUUUAGUCCAUAAGUGCACUUAGAAUCACAAUCGUUAUGUAUCUUUUCUGUGUAGUGGCUAUUGUUUUAAAAAAUGUAUUUUACUUACUGUAAUCU